AUGAAGAUCUUGUGUUUUCUGGUCCUCCUGGGUCUACAUAGCGCAGCAGCAGUGCAACACUCUCUGGAGUAUUACUACACUGGUUCCUCUCAAGUCCCAAACUUCCCAGAGUUUGUGGCUGUAAGGACAUUUGAUGGUGUUCAGGUUGAACACUAUGACAGCAACACCAUGAAAGCAGUACCCAAACAGGACUGGGUGGACGAAUUCCCAGAAGAUUUACAGUACUGGGUGAAGGUGACUGAGAGCCAUCGGGAUAACCAGCAGCUCUUCAAAGUCAACCUCGAAACUUUGAGGGAGCGCUUUAACCAAACUGGAGGUGUCCACAUUGUCCAGGAGAUGUACGGCUGUGAAUGGGACAAUGAGACUGGAGAUUUUAAUGGAUUCUAUCAGUAUGGUUAUGAUGGUGAAGACUUCAUAUCACUUGACCUAAAGACUCUGACAUGGAUCGCUCCCAAACAACAGGCUGUCAUCACCAAACAGAAAUGGGAGAGGACUGGUCAAGGAGAACGCUGGAAGAACGACAUCAUCCAGACUUGGGUUAACUGGCUGAAGGAGUAUGUGAACUACGGGAGGAGCUCUCUGAUGAGAACAGGUAGAAUCACAUGA